AAUUGCAAGCAGCACAAGCUAGUCUCCAAGAUGCACCGCUCCUUCCUCCUCGUCUGUGCACUCGUAGCCACCGCGCUUUCCACCGACACCACCGUUGCCGCCGCCCAGAGCCAGAGCCAGAGCCAGAGCCAGAGGUCAUGGGCCGAACUCAGCGGGCGGGACAACUGGGACGGGCUCCUGGACCCGCUCGACGGCGACCUCCGGCGCGCCGUCAUCCGGUACGGGGAGCUGGCGCAGGCGACGUCGGACGCGUUCAUCGGCGACCCGGCGUCGCCGUACGCGGGCGCGUCGCGGUACGCCCCCGGCGCGUUCCUCCGCAGGGCGCAGGCGCCCGACCCGGACGCGUACAACGUGACGAGGUUCCUGUACGCGACGUCGAGCGCGCGCGUCCCCGGCCAGUUCAUCACGCGGCCGGCGCCGCCGGGGGCGUGGAGCGCCGAGUCCAACUGGAUGGGGUACGUCGCCGUGGCCACGGACGCCGGCGUCGCGAGGCUGGGGAGGCGGGACAUCGUGGUGGCGUGGCGCGGGACCAAGCGCGCCGUGGAGUGGGCCAACGACCUGGACAUCACGCUGGUGCCGGCGGCGGGCGUCGUCGGGCCUGGCCCCGGGUGGUCGCAGCCGGCGGUGCACCGGGGUUUCUUGUCCGUGUACGCGUCGAGGAACUCCACGUCGCGGUUCAACAAGCAAAGCGCCAGAGAGCAGGUGUUGGCCGAGAUUAGAAGGCUAUUGGACGCGUACAAGGGCGAGAACUGCAGCAUCACGCUAACCGGCCACAGCCUGGGCGCGGCGCUCUCCACGCUCACCGCCAUCGACAUCGUCGCCAACGGCCUCAACGUCCGGGGCCCCAACAACGACACGGUCCCCGUCGCCGCCAUCGUCUUCGGCAGCCCCCGCGUGGGCGACGACCAGUUCAAGAAGGCGUUCGACUCGACGCCCGGCGCCCGGCUGCUCCGGGUCCGGAACGCGCCCGACGUCGUGCCCACCGUCCUGCCCAACGCCUUCUACAAGGAUGUCGGCGUGGAGCUGCUGCUGGACACGCGCAAGUCGCCGCACCUCAAGAGGCCCGGCCCGGGCCCCGCCGCCUGGCACAACCUCGAGUGCUACCUGCACGGCGUCGCCGGCACGCAGGGCGCCGGCGACGCCGCCGGGUUCAGCCUGGAGGUGGACCGCGACGUCGCGCUGGUGAACAAGGAGGUGGACGCGCUCAGCGACGACUACCCCGUGCCGGCGGCCUGGUGGGUGGAGGGGAACAAGGGCAUGACCAGGGACGCCAGCGGACGCUGGGUUUUGCAGGAUCAUGAGGAGGGUAACCUCGCUAUGUGAUGAUUUUGAUAACUUCAUUAAAGGUGGUUAUUAACGAAUUAAUAAUACGAAAGCAAGAGUUUUCUCGACAA